AAUGAGCCCUUCUGUGACGUCAUGUGCUGUGACGCGGGUGAGCUCGGGAGCGCGCAGCGGCGUGGGACUCUAGUGUGAGCCGAAGCGAGACGGAGCGCGUGCCCGGGACCGCCGGAGAAACUGAGAUAUGAAACCUUUAAAUCCAAACACAUCAGCGAUGAUAUAUUAAAGUUCUUUUAAGGAUAUAAACUGUCUCUUCUGAAGAGGUAUUGUUAUGAUCGCAAUGCGGAGAUUACCCAGAGAUCCCGGCGCAGUGCGCGGAGUCUGUGUGGAUAAUGAAGACUCCUCCCCUUGCAGUAGCCACACCUCAAAAGGGGAGGGGCCAGAUGACGAGCAUCUGGAGGAUGUGCUGUCUGAGCUGGGAGUGGGGGCGGGGCUUAAUCUGGAUCUGGGAAUGAGGACGGAGGCUGAGGAGAGUGUGGGGUUGCAGGGGGAGGGGCUUAGCUGGGAGACGCCCCAUCAGGACACAAAUGAACCGGAAGAUCAGACAAACACCAGCCACAGUCCUGAACCGUCUACAACAGCUUCAGGUCUUCCUAAAGUCUCGUCUCUGUCGGAGCAGCUCUUGCUGGGGCGCGAGGAGGCGGGGAUAAACGUUGAGUGUCGCAUCUGUGGAGACAAAGCUUCUGGAUUCCACUACGGUGUUCAUGCCUGCGAGGGCUGUAAGGGAUUUUUCAGGAGGACGAUUCGUAUGAAGUUGGAAUAUGACCGAUGUGAUCGUAGCUGUAAGAUUCAGAAGAAAAGUCGCAAUAAAUGUCAGUUCUGUCGUUUUCAGAAGUGCCUCAUGCUCGGAAUGUCUCAUGAUGCGAUCCGAUAUGGACGGAUGCCAGAGGCUGAGAAACGGAAGCUUGUUGCGGGUCUGUUAGCUGGGGAGAAAAGCUCUCCGAACUCCAGCGGUUCGGAUCUCAAAUCUCUCGCCAAACGGGUGAACAACGCCUACCUGAAGAACCUCAACAUGACCAAGAGGAAAGCGCGGAACAUUCUGACAGGGAAGACAAACGCGAGCCCGCCAUUUGUAAUUCACGACAUGGACUCGCUGUGGCAGGCGGAGAACGGUUUGGUCUGGAAUCAGGUGAUUAACGGAGCUCCGCCCAAUAAGGAGAUCGGCGUUCACGUGUUUUACCUCUGUCAGUGCACUACUGUGGAGACCGUACGAGAACUCACUGAGUUCUCCAAAAGCAUCCCAGGAUUCGUCAACCUUUUCCUCAAUGACCAGGUGACGCUGUUGAAGUAUGGAGUCCAUGAAUCCAUCUUCGCAAUGCUUCCGUCGUUGAUGAAUAAGGACGGGCUGCUGGUGGCGAAUGGGCGGGGCUUUGUCACGAGAGAGUUUCUACGCAGCUUACGAAAACCCUUCAGUGAGAUUAUGGAGCCGAAGUUUGAGUUUGCGGUGAAGUUUAACGCUCUUGAGCUAGACGAUAGUGACCUUGCGCUGUUUGUGGCGGCUAUUAUUCUGUGUGGAGAUCGUCCAGGACUGAUGAAUGUUCACCAAGUUGAGGAGAUCCAGGAUAACAUCUUACAAGCUCUGAAUCAGCACCUGCAGAUCAAUCACCCAGAUGCCAGCUUCAUCUUUCCCAAACUCUUGCAGAAACUCACAGAUCUACGACAGCUUGUGACGGAGAAUGCACAACUGGUGCAGAAGAUCAAGAAGACAGAGUCUGAGACAUCACUGCAUCCACUGCUGCAGGAGAUCUACAAGGACAUGUACUGAUUUCAACUGGUCUGACCUUACCCCACCUGGCCCUGACCCUGAAUCCACCUGACCCCAGUUCAGUGGGGGAUCUACAGGGACAUGUGUUGACCGAGCCCUGACCCCGAAUCCACCCGACCUGAGACAUCCUGAUCAUUGUUGUAGCUCUACAGGAACAUGAACUUACCUGACCCAACUUGACCUGACCUUACCCCACAUGGCCUUGAUCCUGACCCAAUCCCAAAUCGGAAUUAGUCUGACCCCACUGCUUCAGGAGAUCUACAGGGACAUGUACUGACCCAACCCAACCCUGACCCAGAAUCCACCCAACCAGAGACAACCUGACCCAAUCAUUCUGGCAGAUCUACAGGAACAUGAUCUUCCCUACCACAACUGGCCCAGUCUGUCCUGACCUUACCCCACAUGGCCUUGAUCCUGAUCCUGACCCAACCCCAAAUCUGAAUCCAUUUGACCCCACUGCUGCAGGAGAUCUAUAGGGACAUGUACUGACCCGACCCAACCCUGACCCUGAAUCUACCCAAUCUGAGACAUCUUGACCCAACUUGACUGGACCUGGCCCAGUCUGUCCUGACUUUACCCCACAUGGCCUUGAUUCUGACCCAACCCCAAAUCUGAAUCCAUUUGACCCCACUGCUGCAGGAGAUCUAUAGGGACAUGUACUGACCUGACCGAACCCUGACCCCGAAUCCACCCAAUCUGAGACAUCUUGACCCAACUUGACCGAACCUGACCAAGCCUGACCUGACUUUACCCCAUUUGACCUUGAUCCUGAUCCUGACUCAACCUCGAAUCUGAAUCCAUUUGACCCCACUGCUGCAGGAGAUCUACAGGAACAUGAACUUACCUGACCCAACUUAACUGGAUCUGACCCAGUCUGACCUGACCUUUACCACACAUGGCCACCCAACCAGAGACAACCUGACCUGUAAAUUCCUGUAGAUGUACAGGAACAUGCACUUACCUGACCGAACUUGACGUGACCAAUCCUGACCUGACCUUGCCCCACAUGGCCUUGAUCCUGAUCCUGGAUCUGACCUAAAGCGACACCAUUGCUGCAGGAGAUCUACAUGGCAGGUACUGACCUGACUCGACCCUGACCUGACCCUGAAUUCACCUGACCCUACACAACCUGACCGAUCAUUCCAAUGUCAUUGCAAAAAGGAUGUUUAUGGAUGUUUAGAUAUUUUAACAGGAAAAUGACUCCUUUAGUAAGUGAUUUCUUGUUACAAUCUAUAGGAACAUGUAAUGUACAUACCUGACCCAACUUGAAUGGACUUGACCCAUCCUGACCAGACCCUACCCAAUGAUUCCAGGAGAUCUACAGGGCCAUUUAAUGUCUCUACCUGACCCAAUCCCAACCGUGAUCAUUCCAUACAGAUCGACCAAUCACUGUGAACUUUAUCAUAUUUUGUAUCACAGUUUGUAUAUUUUACAAGAACCGGAUGAUUUGUUACUUAUUGUUGAAGAUGUUUAUGAUGAACUGCAACCUGGCCGGAUCACCUGCAGUGGGACAAGGAGGUGGUACAGGUCAAAGACAUGCUACAAAAUGCAAUAAGACAAUAAAGACCUUAAUUGAUGCUGCUCAGAUCUUCCACAUGUGCCCUCACGCCUCCUGAACAACUGACACACAGAAACAACUUGUUAACCUCAAAUUGUGUAUUUCUCCAUGUGUAAAAGUUUCUUUUUGAGCCUCUGAGAGACGAUACUGUGAUUUACAUUUACUCAAGACUUCAUGCUGGCCGACGUGACAUCUUGGCAUUGCAUCUAGCGCAGUGGAUGUAGCAUCCAUAGUUUUCAGUUACCAAUGUCAUUGUUAAAGUGUGGUGUUCACCGUCAUCCACGAGUCAUUUACUCGUAUAUUUGGCUGGUCAUGUGGUCUCAACAUGGCGGCAUCCACAAGGCGACAUGCUCCAUGUUUUAGAAUACUAAUAUAAAUACUGGAAUCUCAUGUUUAUGUACUUUUCUGAUUCCAAACUUUAUAUGAAUGUUAUUUAAUAACCUGUUGUUUCUCAAUCAGAGCUGCAUCUAAAUCCAGCAGACCCUUCGCCAAACCAUAUGUAUGAAUAUAAACUGCUCUCUCGCAGGUCCUUUAUCAGUUUGUCUGUGUUGACUACAUCGUCAGUGUAUAUAAUGCUUGUCCUUCAUCUUUUGAAGUGUAAACUUUGCCUUUCACAUCACCUCUGUUGUGUUGUUUUCUCUCUGUGCUGCUAACUUGAUCUAUUUGUCAUGAUAAUUGUGUGUAGAUCUGAUGAGAUGAUGUAUAACAUGCUGUGUAGAAGUGUGUUCUGACUAGAGGACAGUGUUAAUGAAAUGCAACCACGUCUUCCUGUUGGAGAGGGCGUAUGUUUCCUGUCAAACCGAGAGGAGGGGAUGCCCUCUUCUCACCAUCUGAACUGAACAUUAGCCCUGAGGCCCCCGCAGUGCAGGACUGAGGAUGCCCUUGCUUUGGUAACAGCUGAAUAAAACUACAGGAUGUUGUAUGAACAAUGUCACCCCAGGGAGGCAUAACUCGCUCUCUCUCUAUUGUCUGAGUGUUCUGUGUCGGUUCCGUGUGCAGCGGGCGGUCCGAUUCCAGUCCAGGUUCAUCUCCUGCUAAGUCCGAGCAGAAAACAAAAGUGAUUAAAGAUUUUAAACUGCAUUUGGUCACAUGAGAUGCUGAAAUUACAGAUUAAACAGAUAGUUUCUU